AUGUCGCUGUCGAGCCAGUUCUGGAGGAUUUUGUUUUCACUAUAUUUUGUGGGACUUACAAAACAAUGUGGUGUUAGUAAGUUCGCCGAUGACCCCUUUACUGUCCGAAUCGUCGGAGGAGAGAAUGCUGAGAAAGGAGAGUUCCCAUGGCAGGUUUGGAAGUUUCGUUUCCCUUUGUUUUCCCUACCCCACCCAAUUUACUGGCACGUGAGGGUCGGAGACCAUCAUUUAAAGAGACAAGAGGGAAGUGAGAAAACUUACAAUGUAUCCCACGUUUUCUAUAACCACUGGUACCGAAAUUAUGACAACGACAUUGCCAUGAUGAGGUUGAAAGAACCAGUGGAGCUCAACGACUACGUACAACCGGUCUGUUUGCCAGACAAGUUCGAUCAGUUUGAAGGUUCCGAGUGCUACGCGACAGGAUGGGGCAAGGUGGAUUUUGACAAGAAAGGUUCCCCCAUCCUUCAGAAAGUGAAGGUGGAGGUUUUUGACAACUCCAUCUGCAGCAAGGUUUACUCAGAGCAAUUCAAAAUUCCCAUUCUCCAAUGGCAUUUGUGUGCUGGAACUUUGGCUGGAGGAAAGGGAACGUGCCACGGCGACUCUGGAGGACCCUUGCAGUGUAAGAAAGAUGGUAAAUGGUACUUGGCCGGAGUGACGUCAUUUGGAUCAGGUUGUGCUAAACCUGGGUUUCCCGACGUUUAUACUCGUCUUACUCACUACUUCGACUGGGUUAAUUCCAACCUCAAGACAUUUGAGAGAUAAUUUUGAGGAAGCUCCGAACCCAAACCCUGUCAAUAUUGUUCGGGUUAACCUUUAAGUAGGAGGAACGACACAAAACAACACCAAUCAGAUCCACGUGUUGUGAGGAAUUCUAUAAUUUGUCCAUCUCUAACAGCAGGAUAUGUUACUGUGAUCUUCUUUUGUAAAGACAUUUUUUCUUCUCUGGUGUGUGUUGUUUGUAAGAUAUGUCCAUUUAAAUCCAAGAUUAACUUUACAUAUGAAUAUGUUUAGAUAAGCUAUUUCUCGUACAAACACUAGAUACAAUAAUGGGUAACAGUUACCAUCUGUAACAUGGUUGUUUGGAUAAAUAAACCUAUUUUUA